AGCGGAAUGAAAAUGUUUAUUUACCUUCGAACUUGCCCACCGGAUCUGAAGUGAUUGUUUGUAGAGAAGUACAAAGAAUACAAAAUUGUUAUCGACAUAACUGCUCUUGACUGAAACAGAAACAUGAAGGUCUCGUCGGCACUUACAACUUUGGCAAUUGCCACUGUUGGCAACGCUCAACUCACGAAAGUGAAUGACUUUAGUGGCACGCCGACAAAGCUUGGGAUGUACGUCUAUGUGCCAAAGACUCUCAAGACUCCGGCUCCUAUUGUUGUGGCAGUCCAUCACUGCCAAGGAUCAGCUCAAGGAUACUCUACGGAAUCUCAUUACAUGCCCUUGGCCGACCAACACAACUUUAUCUUGAUCUAUCCCAACUCAAGAUCUAGCGGUGGCUGCUUCGAUGUUGCUUCGGAAGCCAGUCUGAAGCAUGAUGGCGGCGGUGACAGCCAGACCAUCGCCAACAUGGUCAAGUACGCCGUGGAAAAGUAUGGCGGAGACGCAAACCGAACAUUCGCGACUGGAACUAGCUCUGGUGCUAUGAUGACGAACGUAUUGGUCGGUGCCUAUCCCGAUGUAUUCAAGGCAGGAUCUGUCUACUCUGGUGUUCCCGACGGAUGCUUCGCAGUGCCCGGAUCCACCGCUACCCAGGACCCUCCUGGAUGGAACAACCAAUGCGCGAACGGACAGACCACCAAGACGGCAGCUCAAUGGGGCGACCUCGUGCGAUCGUACUAUCCCGACUACACCGGCCCCCGACCCAGAAUGCAGAUCUGGCACGGAUCUGCUGAUGGCACUCUACGAUACCCUAACUACGCCGAGACGAUGAAGCAAUGGUCCAACGUUAUGGGUCUCUCAGCUCCCACAGACACUGCCAACACCCCCCAAAGCGGAUACACCAGGAGCAUCUACGGCGAGGGUGAUGAGAAGACCGCACAGCUUGUUGGAUACAGUGCACAGGGAGUUGGCCACAGUGUGCCCCUCCACGAGGCGAUGGAUCUUGCAUUCUUCGGUAUCGCAUAAAGGGCAGAGGUUUAUCCAAUUACUUAGGAAAACUUAAAAUGGGGAAUAUGUAGUCAUGUAUCAUAGCUUAUAGUUAUCUAUAUUUAACGAUAUGUUGAGG